AUGGACGACCUACGCACCUUACAACCGAAUCCAUUCAAUACGCCUUUUGACGACCAUGACGAGCAAGCCAGCCAUGGCAACCAUGGCAACCAUGACAACCUCGGCAGCGGCCACCACCAUACCGAGACAUCGACUGACCGCGAGGAAUGGGAGGAUUGGGAUAGCGAUUGUGACGAGGAGAUCCCUGGCGGCCGUGACGAGCCGCUCGACGACCUUCAUGGCGAAUAUCCGCCACUGCUUGCAACAAUAGAAGAAGCGCCCGACACGCCAGCCGACUCUCGCAACCCAACGUCCAUGACCAAAACCAGGACCUUUUCUUCCAGACGCUCUCGAACAAGUACCACAAUGUCGACCGCCGUCGUACUUCCCGCACACCAUGCGGGGCCGAAUCCGUCCCGGCUCAAGUCGCGUGCCCGUCAGAAGGCGCAGAACGCAAAGGCCGGCAUCCGCCUGGUCACCGACAUGAGCAAACUGCGCAAACAGCAGCAACUGCAGCAGCAGCAACAGCAACAACCCCCUUCAGGACCCGGAAAAUUCGUCGAUGCGGCCGCUCUCCUCGCCCUUGAGGGCAAGCCGUCUGAGUCGUCCAUUGGCACCUGGCACUGGCGGAGGCGAAGAGCCAACAGCAACGGAAACGGAAACAGCAACAAAACCGGAAAGUCUGGUUCACCGGCUGUCGAGCAUGGACAGGACCUUUCUCCCAAUGAUCGCCCUAUUGUCAUUGGCAUCAGCCUACCCGAGGACGACCUCGUGGGCCGCACGAUCAGCCCACAGACGGCCACCAUCGAAACUCCGAUCAAUAUCCCAAUAUACCAUGGUAAAGGCACCACCGCCCAGAACUCGCAGCUCAAUCAGAUGUCUACGUUGUCGCCGCAGGCGCCAAUGCAGUCGGUCUGGUCGCCGGAUACCGAGGAGGGCUCGCCACGCAGCGCCGGUGCUUCUACCUCGCGUGUUGCAUCCAGUAUCUACUCCCAGUUCACUGGUCAAUCUGUAACUGCACAGCCAGCCCCACCUGUUCCCAGCCUGCCAUCUGCCUACCGUGACGCACUUGGUGUGGGAAUCGCGCCAACAAACACGAUAACGGCAAGCCAUGAUAGGUCGGCACGACACGACAGCCUACGUCUCCACGACGUGGAUGAUUUUGACAACGACACGCCCAUUACGCUUUUUGAAGAGGACGGCAGCCCGGCAUCGUACAAUCGACUGUCCAGGUCUCGCGGUCGCCAUGUCCGGUCAAUGGCAAACACAAUUGACACUACACGCUCGGGGUGGUGGGACCACGUACAGACCCCAUUUACGGAGCAAGCGGCACACUCGUUCAUGGCAAAGGCUUCUUCACCUCUUACACCAGCAUCGGCCAAGUCGCCUCUAUCGGCGGCAUCUCUGCACGCCAGGGACGUGAUCCCGGCAGUUCCUGCUCUACCGCCUACAAGCACUGUUUUACCUGCACAAACGACAACCACAUCUACUACACCCAUCUCUCCCCUUCUGACACCGGAGGAAGAAUGGUGGAAGAGAAGCACCGCCGAUGAAAAGAAUGCCGUGUCCACUGAGGCACAAAAGCCCGCUCUGGGCAUCUCCACCUCCAUUGCCAAUUCCCAUUUCUACCGUGUCAAUGAGCGUUCGCCGACCGUCGCUUCGUCCUCUCGAUCUGCGGCGCCUGCGCCUGCACAGCGUGUCGUUACUCCUCGUCUCACGCCCAGAAUUGUCCAGGUAUCCGAAAAGGCCAAUGCGGCGCCAUUGACCGGACGCAGUGUGCUGUCUGAUCGUGGCGACCGGGGUCGACGAACACCAUCCGAAGCUCCCCCACCCUACGAGCCGCCGUCGCGGCCCGAAAUGACGGUCCGGUAUCGUGCCGUAUUCCCGCCGGGUCACCCUCUGCGUGUGGAUUUUCCACCUUCUCCUGGUCCAGUGUCUCCCGGCUUGGCACAUACCAUGACAUCGCAGGGUGGCAUCCACAUGUCCGAUGUGCCUUUAACACCUGCUGGUGUGCGGAGCGCCGCCGCCGCCGCUGGCACUCCACUGCCUACCCGGCCAUCGGGCGCACUUCUGCCAGGUACUGCAAUGGUGGCGUCCAAAGCAGCCACCAAAGUCGAGCGGUCUCGGCGCCGGCAUGAGAAGGAAGAUGCGGCUGCCAUGCGUGCGGGUAGCUUGUGGCGAGGGCGUGGCUGUUUACCAAACAGUGGCUGCUUUGGUCGUAAGGGUGGUCGUGAGACCAGACGACGGCACCGUCUUAUCUGCAUGGCCGUUAUUGGCACUUUAGUCCUCCUGUUCGCUCUUAUCACUGUACUGGCCGUUACUCUGUCCAAGAAGCAUGCCGCGCCUGCAGAAGAGUCCUCAAUCUGGCUCAACAUCACUGGAUUCCCACCUAUCCCGACUGGUGUGGCGACUGUCAUUGGCACGGACAACGCCGUCAACAAACCAGGCUGCGUAUCCCCAACGUCGCUUUGGAGCUGCACGCUUCCCAAAGAGCAGCAGUCCGGCAACGGGGCAUUCUCCGGGGAUGAGCCAUCGUUUUUCCUUGAUAUCCAGUUCGACAACAGCACAAAAAAGCUAUGGGACGUCCCAGCCGGAACCAUCCCGACACCUAUUCUCCCUGCUACAGGGAAGGCAACUGCCACGGCCACGACCACCGCGACCACCGAGCCGUUUGAUGCUGGGUUUACGCCGCAACCCGCACCGCCUUCGUUCCAGGAGUUGUGGUUCCUCGGCAAUACAACCGAUGGAAUUGUAGCCAACAAUAAGGCUGGCGAGCCGACGCCGUUUUACAUCACAUUCUUGUCCUCUGUCAAUGCUACCGCACCCGGUCCCAACGCCGUUUUGGGUCGCCGUGACGCAACACCGACGGCUGCCGACGGCUUUCCGCUGCCAUCAGUCAACGCAGACGGUACAGGCGCGCCGGCUGUCAUGCACCCUUUGCCAAUCCAGCAACCUCUUCGCCUCUACGACCGCGGUCUGGCUACGGAACACUUUGGGUUCUACUCGUACUUUUCCAAGACCAUUUACGUGCAGUCCAUCGCGCCCGACUCCAGCCCGCUGGCUAGUGACGCCAACGGCGGCUCACUCGAAGUUGACGCCAACCACAUUGUGACCUUUCUGCAAACGCGGUUCCUGGUACAAAUUUGGACCCGCAUGGAAAACACGACGAAGCUGCUCAACACCAGUGCAGCGUCGACCAACAUCGGCAGCAAUGCCACACAGCCCGGCACGUUCCCAUACCCAAUCAGCAUCACCGAGGACCUGCACGGUGGUGACUUCUCACAAAAGGGCGUUUUUGCGCGCGCUAUGAAUGGUCUUCAACAAAUCCAGCUGACCAAUGCGUCAUCUAUCAUUGACAAUCUUUCAUUUGGUGGCACGCUCAUUAACCAUGGGACAAACCCGACCUUUGGCGGCACCGACGGCGGCACGGGCGGCUGCCAGUGCACAUGGAACAACUUUUUAGGAGUGAAUGGAAAUACUGUUGUCUGA